UUAGCAGAAGCCAAAAAGGAAAGCAAAAGAUAAAGUGGCCAAGUUUGAUCCUUUGCUUCCCAAAAGCCAUCUCAUCGGAUUGCGUUGCCGCUUUUGACUGUCCGGUGGAUCUUGCUUGAUGAGAAAGUUCUAUUGCAGUUUUUCACCUUUGGUGUCAAAUUUGAGCUUCCUUUUUCUUUGGUUGCAUUUAACCUGAACUUGCCAUUUCCUGAGGCCGCCGGAGUCAUGUUUGUUUGUUCUAGAUUUUGCAGCAUCUAACUGAGAUUAUAUUUACUUAGGAAACAGAAGGGGUGAAAGGGACAAAGGGAAUCACAUUCCACCCAUGGUAAGAGCAGGCAGAGUUGAAAUGAGGGUAGGAGUUUGAGUUGUUUUUAGACAUUGAAUAAUGUCCACAUGCUCUGAGGCUUUACAACUGCAGAUGCCUUCCCCCACAGUUCUGCCUUGUGGAAGAUUAGAGAGCGAGGGAGGAAAGAAACCCUGGUCCUAGCUUCUCAGCGUUCCAUCUCUGCUUCUCUCACUUGCUGCAUUAGGUUUAUAAUGCUUGAGUGUGAGCUAGAUUAUGGAUCUCCGGCAUCAAAAUCCAAUUUUGUUGCCAGAGCUUGAAAGGAUAGUUUGCUAGAUUGCCUGACUUGUUGAGGGUUCUCCGCAUUGUAAGGUGAGGAGGGAUUUCUUGGGAGCAAGCAAUGGCCCCAAGAUUGGAUUUUUCUGGCUGGUGGGCGAAGGAUAAGCGGAAGGGCACCCCGGUGGUGGUGACAAUGGAGAACCCCAACUACUCGGUUCUUGAGAUCGAUGGCCCCGACGCCGAAGCAUUCCCGUCUAUGGACAAGGGCCGGGGCAAGAACGCCAAGCAGUUCACCUGGGUCUUGCUCCUGAAGGCCCACUAUGCUGUCGGUUGCAUUGCCUCGGUGGCGGCCGUGCUCUGGGCGCUUCCUAGAGUCGUCAAGAGGCGGUUGGUCUUCCGGCGAGCAGCUGCCACCCAGAGUGACGAGCCUGACAAAGGCCGUUUGAUGCUAAGGUUCAUUAGAGGGUUCUUGUUGUUCUCCUUGGUUGCUCUAGCAUUCGAGCUGGUCGCGUACCUGAACGGAUGGCACUUCCAGAAGCCCGAUUUGCGCCUACCGGAGAGCUUGCACAUACCGGAGGCGACCGAGAUCCACGGGUGGAUGCACUCGGCCUACCUCUCUUGGCUUUCAUUCCGAGCUGACUACAUUGCCUACCCAAUUCAGCUGUUGUCAUAUAUGUGCAUAAUUCUGUUUGUUAUACAGUCUGCAGAUAGGUUGAUCUUGUGCCUUGGUUGCUUCUGGAUCAAGUUCAAAAAGAUUAAGCCAAGGGUAGAGAGUGACCCAUUCAAUUCAGAUGAUGGAUCAGAGUAUGUGUACCCUAUGGUACUAGUCCAGAUCCCCAUGUGCAAUGAGAGAGAGGUGUAUGAGCAAUCAAUUUCUGCUGCUUGUCAAAUCGAUUGGCCUAAAGAUCGUUUGCUGAUCCAAGUGCUUGAUGAUUCUGAUGAUGAGGCCAUCCAGCUAUUGAUCAGCACAGAGGUUUCCAAAUGGAGUCAGAGAGGUGUAAAUAUUGUGUAUCGGCAUCGGUUGGUCAGGACUGGUUACAAAGCUGGAAAUCUCAAGUCUGCAAUGAGCUGUGAAUAUGUUAGGGACUAUGAGUUUGUUGCAAUAUUUGAUGCUGACUUCCAACCAAAUCCUGAUUUCCUUAAGCUAACCAUUCCACAUUUCAAGGGCAACCCUGAGCUCGGAUUAGUUCAGGCACGAUGGAGUUUCGUGAACAAGAAUGAGAACCUAUUAACUCGUCUCCAAAACAUCAACCUUUGCUUUCACUUUGAAGUGGAGCAACAGGUAAAUGGUGUUUUUUGGAACUUUUUUGGCUUCAAUGGGACAGCGGGCGUGUGGAGAAUCAAGGCGUUGGAGGAUUCUGGGGGUUGGCUCGAGAGAACAACCGUGGAGGAUAUGGACAUAGCUGUUCGUGCCCACCUCCAUGGUUGGAAGUUCAUCUUCUUAAAUGAUGUUAAGGUCCUUUGUGAAGUACCCGAAUCCUAUGAGGCUUAUCGGAAACAGCAGCACCGAUGGCAUUCUGGCCCAAUGCAUUUAUUUCGGCUGUGCCUUCCAGCUAUUAUAACCUCAAAGAUAUCGAUAUGGAAGAAGGCAAACUUAAUCCUGUUAUUUUUUCUCCUAAGGAAGUUGAUCCUUCCUUUCUAUUCUUUCACAUUAUUUUGUGUAAUUCUUCCCCUAACCAUGUUCGUUCCAGAGGCUGAACUACCUGUUUGGGUUAUAUGUUACGUGCCGGUCAUAAUGUCCUUCCUCAACAUUCUCCCAGCACUGAGAUCCUUCCCCUUCGUUGUGCCUUAUCUUCUCUUUGAGAACACCAUGUCUGUGACCAAAUUCAAUGCCAUGGUCUCAGGAUUAUUCAAACUGGGGAGUUCAUAUGAAUGGGUUGUCACCAAAAAAGCAGGCAGGUCGUCGGAAUCGGACCUGCUGACUGCCGCAGAGAGGGAGGCAAAAAUCGUAAGCCUUCCGCUGUUCCAUAAAGGAGCAUCGGAGAGUGAACUUAGCGAGCUCAACAGACUGAAGGAACAGCACGAGAAAGCUCCAUCACCCGCGAGAAAGGCCAACAAAAUCUACAAGAAGGAGCUGGCUCUGUCUCUUCUCCUCCUCACGGCAGCCGCUCGCAGUCUUCUGUCAGCUCAGGGAAUUCACUUCUAUUUUCUGCUCUUCCAGGGCAUGUCCUUCCUUCUCGUGGGUCUUGAUCUGAUUGGGGAGCAGAUGAGCUGACCUGACUUAGAAAAGGAUGGCAAGAGCACCCAUUUGUUGAGGGUAUAAGCCGUUCCGACACCACAGUGAUGAAAUCUAUAUUGGCAUUGACUUGUGCAGAAUGGAAUUCUCAAGUUUGUUCAUUGGAAGUUUUCCUGCUUUGGUUCGAUCUUCUUUACAAGAGAGAAUGGAGGAUUGCAUCUCUUCCCGAACAAUAAGAUCAUUGUUUCAAAGUCCUGUAUAAAAUUCUUGUCACUCUCCAUAAAAACCUUGUCAAUACAUGGGAUCAAUUCGGUGUUCUUGUAGAGUUUGGCUGCAUUGUACAAGCAUAAAACAGCUACACAUAUCUUGCAAUGGAUCGGUUCAUCAUCCAGCUGAAAGAGAUUCUUCAAUGCUUUGUUGCCUUGAUU